CGCCACGGACAAUUUAAAGUCUUGAUCAUAUAAUACUGAGCCAUUACAAUUGGUCCUGGGAUGGAUAUCAGGGGUUUCUUGCGGUGGGAAACUAACGUUUGUAAUUGGAUCAUGCAGUGAGAAGAAAAUGAAUAGGUAGUAACGGUAUGUGGAGGAAAUAUAUGAAGGGAAGAAUGUCCUGCUUCGAAAUACACAAUCAUCUUUCCUCUGAUUUCUAGAUACUCAACUCUGGUAUUUCAGUUCCGGCUGUACCUCUUCGGCAAUGGAGUUAUCGCCUCAACCCCAAAUGGAGACAUGCUAACGAAGCUUCUUUUCGAGCGAUUUUGUCGUCUAAAGCAUUCAAUUUUUAUGAUUAGUUUUCCCCAGAUAUCCAAAUUUCUUCAUACCGAUGCGAAAAGGGUUAAAGGCGGUAAAUUGAUCGCACACUGGAAUUCUCAGAUCACCAAAAAUGGCAGAAACGGUAAUAUCAAAGAGGCAGAGUCAAUAUUUAGGAGUAUGCCCAGAAAGAGUACUGUCUCCUGGACUGCUAUGCUCACUGCUUAUGGUGAAAAUGGCCAAAUUGCAAAUGCCCGCAAAAUGUUCGAAGAAAUGCCAGAACGAACCACAGCUUCCUAUAAUGCUAUGAUUUCUGCUUAUAUACGUAAUGGAUGUAACGUCCAUGAAGCUUAUAGGUUGUUUUCUAUGAUGCAUGAACGCAACGACGUCUCAUAUGCUGCUAUGAUUACUGGUUUUGUUCGUGCAAGAAUGUUCCAUGAGGCUGAAAAAUUGUACUUUGAAGCUCCGCUAGAGUUGCGGGAUCCGGCUUGUUCGAAUGCAUUGAUAAUUGGGUUUUCGAAGAUAGAUAGAAUAAAUGAGGCGUUGUGGGUUUUUGUGGGCAUGGCUGAGAGAGACGUGUUCUCUUGGACUUCUAUGAUUGAUGGUUUGUGCAGAAAUGGAAGGAUUGUUGAUGCUAGAAACUUGUUUGAUAGAAUGCCUGAAAGAAACGUGGUUUCCUGGAGUGCAAUGAUAGAUGGGUAUAUGAAAAAAGGAUGCUUCAAAGAUGGGUUUGAUUUGUUUUUAAAUAUGAGAAGGGAAAAUCUGGUGGAGGUUAAUUCCACAACCAUGACUAUAGUGUUGAAAGCUUGCGGUUGUUGUGGUGGGAUUCGAGAGGGAAUGCAAAUACAUGGGCUGGUUUCACGCAUGGGAUUUGAAUCUGAUGAUGUUUUGAGUAACACCAUUGUAACCAUGUAUUGCACAUUGGGUUGCGUGGACAUGGCAGACAAAAUAUUUAGCUCCAUAAGCAAGAGGGACAUAGUUUCUUGGAAUUCCUUGAUCUCUGGAUAUGUUCAUAACGAUGAAAUAGAAGCAGCUUACAGGCUUUUCCUGAAUAUGCCAGAGAAAGACUUGAUUUCUUGGACAGCCAUGAUCACUGGAUUCUGUAAUAACGGGAGAGUUCGAAAGGCCAUCAAGCUAUUUGAAAUGUUGCCGGAGAAAGAUGAUAUUGUCUGGACUGCCAUUAUUUCUGGAUUUGUGAGGAAUACGCAAUAUGAGAAAGCUUUGCAUUGGUAUGUUCAGAUGCUUCGAGGAGGAUGCAGACCAAAUCCUUUAACACUAAGCAGUGUUCUUUCAGCUUCAGCUGCUUUGGUGAUGCUGAAUCAAGGGAUGCAAAUUCAUACUAAUGUUUUGAAGAUGAACUUGGAAUGUGAUUUAUCUGUACAAAACUCUCUUGUAUCAAUGUAUUCCAAAUGUGGGUAUGUGAGUGCUGCCUACACGAUCUUCAUAGACGUCAUUGAACCAAACAUAGUUUCUUUCAACUCAAUCAUUACUGGGUUUGCCCAAAAUGGCUUUGGUGAAGAAGCCAUUAAAAUCUACAAGAAAAUGCAGUGUGAAGGGCCUGAACCCAACCAUGUUACUUUCCUUGCUGUUCUUUCAGCCUGCACUCAUGCAGGACUGGUACAAGAAGGAUGGAAUUGCUUCAACUCGAUGAAAUCUGAAUAUGGAAUUGAACCAGGACCUGAUCACUAUGCAUGCAUGGUCGAUCUCCUUGGCCGUGCAGGGUUGCUAGAUGAAGCAGUUGAUUUGAUAAGGUCAAUGCCAGUGAAACCUCAUUCUGGUGUUUGGGGGGCCGUUCUUGGGGCAAGCAAGACAUAUUCACGUCUUGACAUUGCGAAGCUUGCAGCACAAUGUAUUAUUGAAAUGGAACCUUCUAAUGCAAAUCCUUAUGUAGUGAUGUCAAACUUGUAUUCUGUUUCUGGUAAAGAGGCUGAGAGGAACCAAGUCAGAAUCACAAAGAACCUGAAAGGAAUUAAGAAAAGUCCAGGUUGUAGUUGGAUUACUGUGUAA